GAUUUCCAGCUAUGUUUCAUUGCGAACAAAAGUUUGGAUAACUACCGGUUUUAAAUUUCUCAGUUACAUUUAUCUUUUGUUCUAUUAAUUCAAGUUCACCUUCUAUUUUUGCUUUAUCUAUUAGAGUUAAUAUGAGGGAGUGCAUUUCAGUUCAUAUAGGGCAAGCUGGAGUUCAGAUUGGUAACGCUUGCUGGGAAUUAUAUUGCCUAGAGCAUGGAAUUCAGCCUGAUGGACAUAUGCCCUCUGAUAAAACAAUUGGUGGCGGGGAUGACUCCUUUAAUACUUUUUUUAGUGAAACUAGUGCCAGUAAGCACGUGCCACGUGCAGUUUUCGUUGACUUAGAGCCAACUGUUGUUGAUGAAGUUCGUACUGGUACAUAUCGACAGCUCUUCCACCCCGAACAGUUGAUCACUGGCAAGGAGGAUGCAGCCAACAACUACGCCCGUGGUCAUUAUACAAUAGGAAAGGAAAUUGUGGAUAUAGUACUAGAUCGUAUCCGUAAGCUUGCUGAUCAGUGCACUGGUCUUCAGGGAUUUUUAGUAUUCCAUUCAUUCGGCGGAGGAACAGGCUCUGGGUUUACUUCAUUGCUAAUGGAACGUCUAUCAGUUGAUUACGGAAAGAAAUCAAAACUAGAAUUUUCAAUUUACCCAGCUCCACAAGUUUCAACUGCGGUGGUCGAGCCAUACAACUCAAUUUUGACCACCCACACCACUCUCGAACACUCUGACUGCGCAUUCAUGGUUGACAACGAAGCCAUAUAUGACAUUUGCCGUCGCAAUUUAGACAUUGAGCGUCCCACCUAUAUGAACCUAAAUCGUUUAAUUGGUCAAAUAGUUUCCUCAAUAACAGCGUCGUUGCGCUUCGACGGAGCGCUUAAUGUUGAUUUAACUGAGUUUCAAACCAAUUUGGUUCCCUACCCACGCAUUCAUUUUCCCCUGGCGACAUAUGCUCCAGUAAUUUCCGUUGAAAAAGCUUAUCAUGAGCAACUAACUGUUGCUGAAAUAACAAAUGCAUGCUUCGAACCCGCAAAUCAGAUGGUCAAAUGUGAUCCGAGGCACGGAAAAUAUAUGGCAUGCUGCAUGCUCUAUCGCGGUGAUGUGGUACCUAAAGAUGUUAAUGCAGCAAUCGCUACAAUCAAAACAAAACGAUCAAUUCAGUUCGUUGACUGGUGUCCAACUGGCUUUAAAGUUGGUAUUAACUAUCAACCACCCACUGUGGUGCCAGGAGGCGAUCUAGCAAAAGUUCAACGCGCGGUGUGCAUGUUAUCUAACACCACAGCCAUAGCUGAAGCCUGGGCUCGUUUGGAUCAUAAGUUUGAUUUAAUGUAUGCCAAGCGUGCUUUUGUACACUGGUACGUUGGAGAAGGUAUGGAAGAAGGAGAAUUCUCUGAAGCUAGGGAGGAUCUAGCCGCUCUUGAGAAGGAUUAUGAAGAGGUGGGACUUGACUCAAAUACCUAUGUAGACGAAGGUGAUGAGUACUAAGAAGUAUAUUGUUACGCAUGCUCGGAAUGACUAACUACAAAAUAAAGCUCUGUAAAAAAAAA